UUGCACACGUACCUGCGCGCUAUACUAGUAGAGAGCAGCUCCACUGCACCCCACUCCACCCACCACCCACCGCUCACGCCCCGCCACCUCCUCCUCGGAUUCGCCGAUGGAGAAGAUGCUCCACGCAGCCCCCGUCCACGCGACGCUCCCGGAGUGCUUCAUCUUCCCGUCCGACAAGCUCCCGCAGGCCAAGUCCACCUCCGGCGCGGUCUCCCUGCCCAUCAUCGACCUGUCCCUCGGCCGCGACGAGGUCCGGCGCGCCAUCCUCCAUGCCGGCAAGGAGAUCGGCUUCUUCCAGGUGGUGAACCACGGCGUGUCCCUGGAGGCGAUGCGGGACAUGGAGGCGGUGUGCCAGGAGUUCUUCGCGCUGCCGGCGGAGGACAAGGCCGGGCUCUACUCCGAGGACACGGGGAAGGCGACGCGGAUCUACUCCAGCACCAUGUUCGACACGGGCGCCGAGAAGUACUGGCGCGACUGCCUCCGCCUCGCCUGCUCCUUCCCGGACGUCGGCGACAGCCCCCGCGGCUGGCCCGACAAGCCGGCCAGGCUCCGGGAGGUCGUCGAGCGGUUCACGGCGCAGACGCGCGGGCUCGGGAUGCACAUCCUCCGCCUCCUCUGCGAGGGCCUGGGCCUCCGCCCGGACUACCUCGACGGCGACAUCAGCGGCGGCGACGUCGUGCUCCACGUCAACCACUACCCGCCCUGCCCCGACCCGACCGCCACGCUCGGCCUCCCGCCGCACUGCGACCGCAACCUCCUCACCUUGCUCCUCCCCAGCAUGGUCCGUGGCCUCGAGGUCUCCUACAAUGGCGACUGGAUCAAGGUUGACCCCGUCGCCGGCGCCUUCGUCGUCAACUUCGGAUGCCAACUUGAGGUUGUGACGAAUGGGACGCUGAAGAGCAUCGAGCACCGGGUGAUGACGAACCUGGGGGUGGCGAGGACGACGGUGGCCACGUUCAUCAUGCCGACCACGGACUGCCUCAUCGGCCCCGCCGCAGAGUUCCUCAGCGACGACAACCCGCCGGCGUACCGCACCAUGACGUUCGGAGAGUUCAAGCGCAUCUACAGCGUCGUCAAGCUGGGGUUGUCGCUCAACCUCACCACGAAUCUCAAGGACGUGCAGAAGCAGGUCUGAUCCAAUUAAUUAAUGUAGGAUCGGAGUAUAUAUGCAACCAAUAAAAUUAAGUCCCUUGUUAGACCUCACUUGCAGCCAUAGCUAAUUAAUAGCUAGCUGGGGAGAAGAUGCAUGUAGUCUGUGUUAAUUAUGUUGUUACUGCUACCCGGACGUCAUGUUGCUGAUGAUAUGAAGCAAUGAAUAAAAAUGACAAAUAUGUGUGUA